AUGAGUACCAAAUUAAAGUCUACCCAUCGUUCGGCCGCGGUAGAGCCUCCUCUCCCGCCGGGGUGGACAGAGCAUAAAGCACCCACCGGCCACACCUACUACUACAAUGCCGAAACGAAGCAAUCUACCUAUACCAGACCCAGUCUUCCUUCCGAUGAACCGCUCCGCAUCGACUAUGGCGCAAGUGAGCCAGACUAUGUUAUGCGCGCCUCAAUGCAGGCCUUGGAUGAGUUCAACAGAAACAACGCCCUCGCGCAGCCGGGUCACUUUACGGGAGGAAGAAGCUACCAAGAACAUUCCCGACGGAGAGGCAACCAGGGAGACCGACCCAAGUCAAAAGCUCCUAUACCGAAUUGUGCACCAUGGGUACUGGUGAAGACAAAACUAGGCAGGAGGUUUGUCCAUAACACGGAGACGAAGCAGAGUUUGUGGAAAUUUCCGCAGGAUGUCAUGUUGGCCGUGAUUGAGAUGGACAGGUUGGAGUGGGAGGCCAAGAAAAAGGCGGAGGAUGAACAGCAGGAGAUCGGCCAGAGACAUGAGGAAUCACAACCAAAGGAUGAUGCACGGAGAUCAGAGACUCCAGUAAGGGAUCGACCUCGAGAAUCUGUCGGACCUGAAGAGUACGACAGCGACGAGUACGAGGAAGUCGAAGUGACAGACGACGAGGCGGAAGCCACCGAUGAGCCUUCGAAACGGCCUCGUCUCUCUCAUGAAACCGACAGUGAGAACCCGCCACCUACUGGACCCGUGGAAUUCAACGAAGACGACAUAGCCUGGCAGCUGGCGCAAAUGGAGGGCGAUGACGGGUAUGCGGAGGAUCGAGAUUACAGAUCCGGAGAGGGAGAUGGAGAUGCAGAACAUGUGGAAGAUGACGAAGAAGACGAAGGUCUCUCUCUGACCGAACAAGACAACAUUGCACUCUUCCGGUCUCUCCUCGACGACUCCGGCAUAUCACCGUACUCGACCUUCGAAAAGCUGAUCGAAGACACAGCUCUACUUGAGGAUUCGCGUUACGUUGCGUUACCAAACACAUCGUCCCGCAAGGCGGCUUUUGUGGCAUGGUCCAAGGAUCGCAUCGCAGAGCUGCAAGCCCUGAAGGCUUCGGCCACGAAAGAGAAAAAGAAAGACCCCAGGGUGGAGUACCUGCGGUUUCUGCAGGAACAUGCCACUCCAAAACUGUACUGGCCGGAAUUCCGGCGUAAGUUCAAAAAGAGUCCUGAGAUGCUAGAGCGGUCGAUGCAGGACAAGGACCGGGAGAAGCUCUACCGCGAGUUUGUGGCCAAGUUGAAAAAGGGCGACGCCGAGAGGAGGAAGGAAUUGGUGAGCCUCCUGAAGAGCGUCGACAAGACCAAGUUCGACAAACAGGGUGACGGGGAUCACUUUGCUCCAGACAAUUUACCGGACGUCGUGCUGCGGGAUGUCAGGUUCUAUAUCUUGGAGCCCGCCAGGCGGGACGAGCUUGUCAAGACGUUUUUGGAGACGCUCUAA